CAUCAUCUCAACUUCAAGUUUCUUGACCUGGCCACCCGAGCUAAGAUGCGCUCAAGCUCUUCACCUAUGGCCGACUAUAGCCAAAUAGGAAGAUAUGGGACCAUAUCUCUCCUCAAACAGAACGAACCGAACGUCGCGGUUACUUCGUUUGGAAUUGACACAGAGAAACUCACCUUUGGGAUGGACAAGGACUGCAGUAUCAGGUUGUUCUAUCCAGAUAUCAGUGCAAAUCACUGUGAAAUCCACUUUAGGGACCGAAAGGCUUUUCUGGUCAUUUUGGGUUCGACUGGACUGAUAGUCGAUGGUUCCAAAGCAUAUCCAAGUCCAACGACCGGCUCCCCAACGACGAUUCCCCUCCUCAAUAAUUCAACAAUCGAAAUACACGGGAAGCGAUUCCGUUUCUCGUACCCUCCAAAGGAGCUGAGAGCACAAUUAUACGAUACGCCCCCUCAAGCCCGAAAGCGAACCUUACGUCUAUCGAUGAUCCAGUCUGCUGAAGUUUUUACACCGAGACCCUCGUCUGAUCCAAUGGAAAAUCUUCGUGUGCUUCAGAGCCCACUUAGGUCCUAUAGGUCUCCUUUAAGCACUCCCACUCCAUCUCCGUCUACUUCCGGACGUUCCUUAUUCACUCUCACCUCACCAUCCCCAUCGACUCCAGAUUCUAGAGCCCAUGACCCCGCCGCUGUGACCCUCGUCGAUGGUAACAACCCUUGUGUCGUAGAGGAGGACCAAGAUUUGGUCAUCCUAGAAGAUGUUCCACUUACCACUUCGUCGUCCCCUACACCACCACCUUCUGCUGCAAAGACAGUAUACAAGCCUGCUCCACCUCCAACGCUUUCACUUCAAGUACCGCCUGCCCCGCCAGUGACUCCUCGUCGCUCGCGACCCACUUUACAUCAAGCGGUGCUCAUCCGAAGCGCGCAACGGGCGGCUUUCAAAGCUGAGAUACAGCGCGAAGAGGAAGAGGAAGAAGCGAUGGAAGAGAUGGAAGUCUUUGGGACCGUAUUUGCAGAGGACGAGGACGAGGAAGAGAACGAUGACGUUCCUAUGCCAGUCGACGUGGGGGAAGACGAGAGCUCAGACGAAGACAUGUCCGACGAAGGCGAAAGUUCCAACUCAAAUGGAACUUGGCGUCAGAGUUUAGUUGGCAGGAUAUGGCCUUUCAGUUCUCGAUCACCGUCGCCCACGAAAACAUCACCUCCCAAAAGCCCCGAAGCGUCGAAUACGUCCGAGAUAGAGGAUAUCGAGGAUCUUCCUCCGUCAUCGGACUCUGUUCUCGACCCGGAGGAAAUCAAAAAGGAGGGGGAGGAUAGCGACGAGGCGCAAGAGAGCGUAGGGCCUCUUCUGGCCAUCCCAGGAACACCCAUCCGCAAGUCCCAAGCAAACUCCUCACCUACCAAACCUCCUUUACGAGGUCUCUUCAUGACACCUCAGCCGUCCGCCUCAAACAAUACACUUUUCCCGCAGGGCCGGCAACGAAUGACCUUGGGGGGACAGGCCAUGCGUGUCAAGGUCGAGGAAAAGCCCUGGAAGAUCGAGGAUAUCGUUCUUCCUGUUCCUCCGUCACAGCCUGAGGCACUGGCCGUUGAGAAAGACAAGCCUCUGACAACACCGUCUAGCGUUUGUCUUUCAAAUGCAGAGCGAGCUGCGAUCCGUGAGCGUAGAAGGUCUGCGCUGAAGAUGCCCGAAACUUUCUUUGGUGGCUCAGGUGGAAUCCCAGGUAUCAGUAACACGUCUCCUAUUAAGAGAGACGCGAGUGAAGGACCCCUCUCAUCUCCAUUCAAAACGAGGCGAGGUGUUGAUGACGGAACAGAUUCUCUGGCGAGCAAAGAACGAGUAGUCAAAGAGGACGAUUCAGAUGCCCGUACAUUACUGGAGAGGAUGAGGGGUGCAGUUGAAGACAUGAAAUCAAGACGAGCUUCGAUGUCUGUUCCUGUUUCUCCCACCAAAGGAGCCUCUCGCAGAGUCGAGGAGAAUAACGAAGCUGCCAAGGAUCUUCAGGAAUUCUCUCUUUUUCGAAAUCCAGAUGCUUGUCGCCUGCCACGGAAAUCGGUAUAUGUGAUUGAGCAUCCAACUCAUUCUAUUGUUUCUCCCAUGGAGGUUGAUGAAAUGUCAUCAUCUCUCGAUACCGAUAAAUUAGACAAUCCCAGCACCACAUCCCCUCAAGAGAGCACCGUACCUGAUGUUGAGAUGGCAGUCGGACAUACGGCGGCUUCUCCUGCCCUAUCACCUGUGAAGACGAGAAAUACUAGGAAACAUGCGACUACUAGAACAGGUACGGUGGACACGCCCUCUUUAGCUGAUGACGAGGCGUCACCUGUUGUCGGCGAACGCGAAAGUGAACUGGAUGAUGAUAGCGACGAGGAGCCGAAACGGGCAAAAAAGACCACAGGUCGGGUUAUGAGAGGAAGAGGGCAGAGCGAAGUUAGUGAUCAGAGUUCGGGAUGUCAAGAGGCUAAGCCACCGUCAAAGUCACGAGCAAGAGCGGGAACAACACUCGUUGUGUCCGACUAUGUAGCACCGAUGGUAGUCGAUGAUGCUGUACCCAAGGAGCAGACAGCAGCACAGGAAGACAUUGAUGAUGAUGUCGAGAUAACCGGCGAUCAGUUCUGCUCAAAAGCUAAUACAGCCACACGCAGUCGUACACGAUCCAAAACUCCAACCGCCCCUCCCCAUACCAACGACACCAAACCUAAACGAACCACACGCCAUGCAUGUACCGCUGAACCUGUUACCCAGCAGAGUGAGGAGGAACGAGAACCUUUAACAGCCACUAGACCGCAGACACGCCGACGUGCUGGUAGUGCUGCACCAGUGACUACUGCGACACGAAGAAUGGCUGCAACUCGUACAACUGCUGCUGCGGGUGCAUCUGAAUCGUCUGAAACGGAAUCAAAUGAGGGGAGGAAGACGCGUACUACUCGAGCUGCGCGGGCUGGUGAGACACCGGGGAAGCCUACUAGCAAACGUGGCGGUCGACGUGCGAAAGCAACACCAAGUGUACCCCCUCUGAUUCCUGAAGCGAUCAAAGAGGAGGAAAGUGCUGAGGUCGUUUCCAAUCCUCCUCUCCAGAAGAAGACUACCACAAGGUCGAGGAAAGUGGGAAGGGACGCGGAUAACAUUCCUCCUCCUGCCAUCGCUGUACGUACCACCUCCAAGUCGCGUUCUGCGAAGAAGGGUGGAACUGGAGCUGCUGCUGCCGUUCCUGAAGAAGAGACAGUAGAUGACAAAGAGAAUAGCGACAACGAGAUUGUGGUUACCAAGGCUCGAGUUGGAAGACCACGUAAAGGUGCUGCUACGAAAGUGAAAGAGGAGACCGUUACGGAACCGGAGUUGGGUACGAGAACGAGAACUACUCGAGGAAUGAGGACUCGUUCGAGGACUUAGUGGUGGUUAUCCAUAACCCUUGAUACCCCUACUUCAUGUUGUACGAUGUGUUAUACGUCUAUCUAUUUGCUUUUGUUAUAUUUAUUGAAACCCCUCUUGAAUGCGAU